GUCUGGACCCCAUGGCCUCCUGGGGAAGACCUUAGGACCUCUCAGGACCACAGUCUGGCCAGAUCCCUUCAGGCCUCAGCCCACCAUGACCCCUCCAGGCCACCUCUUGUUCCUGCUUCUGCUCCCAGUGGCUGCGAGUCAGACGCCAGCAGGUUCCUGCUCAGGAUGUGGGCCUCUGUCCCUGCCACUCCUGGCAGGCCUGGUGGCUGCAGAUGCGGUCUUGUCUCUCAUAAUCGUGGGGGUGGUGUUUGUAUGUAUGCGCCCACACAGCAGGCCUGCCCAAGAAGAUGGUAGAGUCUACAUCAACAUGCCUGGCCGAAGCUGACCUUUGCAACUUCUGACUCUCCCAUCCUGGAUCACGUGAGAGCGCCUGGGAACACACUCCUUCUGGACUGGAAUGGAAUAAAGCAA